AUGGGAUCUAUUGGCGAUUUGUUUCGUAUUAAUAUUACAUUAUUUCUUCGAAUAUUAGCAUUUGGUUUUGGAAUUCAUUCAAUUCAGUCUUCACAUGUAUUUUGUAAAUUAAUAAGCUAUAUUACGAUAUGUUCUAUGGUGUUAUCAAAUGGCUCAAUUGUACUAGCCUCAAUUGAUCGUUAUGUUCUUACGAGUAGAAGUGUUAAUAUGAGAAGUUUAGCGAAUAUUUCAAUUGCAAAACGAUUAGCAUUUAUAAUAAUUUGUCUCUCAUUUGUUUUUCCAAUACAUCUACUUUUUGACUAUAAUGCGGCAAAAAGUAUUCGGGUUUGUGUUUUAAAGUUUUCAUCAAAAGUAUACAAAGCAUUUUUAAGUGUUUCUUAUUUGAUUCUAUUUGGUAUUUUACCUCCAACGUUAUUAAUUACUUUUGGUAUUUUAACAUUGAAAAAUAUUCGUUCUCUACGUAGUAGUCGUAGUAAUUUUCUUCGACGAAUUGACUAUAAUUUAACAAUAAUGGUAUUAAGUCAAAUUAUAUUAACCAUUCUAGCUCCACUAGCAUAUUCGAUUUAUGCUGUUUACAACAAUUACAUCGGAGACACAACAGAACAAAAUAUGUGGGUUAAUCAUCUUGUGGCAUUAAUAUCUUAUAUUGAAUGCACUUGUGGAUUCUACUUUUAUAUCGGUAUAUCAAAACGUUUUCGUCAACAUUUUUUUAAAAUAAUAACAAGACAACAUCCUGGUCGUUUUCAAACAUCUAGUGAAUAA